CUGUGCCACCCAGGCGCCCCUCAUUUCUUUUAUUAUUGGUAUGAUCUGUUGUGUUUCAGGAUUCCUGCUGAUUCCAAAAUAGGAUAGUCUCUGACAGGGUCCAUUCACGAGCCGUUUGCUGCUUUGUUCCCGAGGCAGGCAAGGGUGUGUCCCUCUGGCCCUGGCACUCUGUGCCUGCUGGGCUGCGGUGGUGCUCUCCCCCGAGCUUUGAGCUUUGAACCACAGUGCUUGAAAACAAAAGGGCGGCAGCGUUGUUAGAAGUAAGAACUGGUGUGAAGCGCUAAGGAGACUGUGGGGAAACACGGAGGAGCCCCAGACCCACAGUGAAGUGAUUCAGGGCUCUGAGAAUAGUGCCUGUAGCUGAAGAGGGUGAGGGGCCAGGGGAAGAGGCGGAGAGUGCUUUUGGGGGUCACUGGCAAGGUGGCCUCUUCCUCAGGCGGUGCCUGGACCGUGCAGGGAGAGGGUGUGCUGGCGGCCCCGGGUCUCAGCAGUGGGUGGCAUGGGUGUCCUUCACCAGCCUUCUUGGAGAGACUAGGCCUGUCUGAACUCUUCCACAGGUUGGGGAUGUUUCCAGAACCCGACCAUGGGGGAAGUCUCCGGGCUGGAGAGUUAAAGGUCUACGGGCCUUACCCGAAGAGAUCAGCCUAACUCUGUUUAACUUAGUGUUUCCCAAUCUACUUGAGUACAGAGUGUCCCCCACUCUUGGGGGACAGCAGUUGACAUCUUGGAGGGCAAGUGUGAGGGACACCAUUGGGGAAGCCAUGCCAGCCAUUUAGAAAGUGAGUGUCCCCAGUGUACACAGGUGGUGGGAGUAUUUGUGUGGGAGGUGGUGUAGGCCCUGAAUCGGGUGCAUUCUCGGUUGGGUUCUGCCGCUUGUGACCUCGAGCACAUGGUGUACUCUCUGUGCCUCUGUUUCCCCGUUUGUAACGCGGGGACAAAAGUCUCGAUUUGAUGGAACCGUGGUGAUGCUUGCUUGACACGGCUUGCGUGGCACUGAUGCUUCCUGGUCCAAAGUCAGGUGGAGGCCUGGUGCUGCUGCUCUGGCUUUGCCACGGUGGCUGCAGGCCUGGCGUUCUCGUCCCUAAAGACUCUGGUGUUCGGCCUUGCUGUCCUCUCCAGCUGGACGUCAGAAAACAGAUGCACUUGACUCCCUCCCCAGCACUUACAUUGGGUGUGCUACAUGCCGUCCUGCAGGGUGUCCAGGUGCUGGGUGGCCCUGGGUGCCGCUUGUGGCCCCCGUGGUGUGACCAGAUGCCCUGCUCCCCUAGCCUGACUGAGUCUUGGUUGCCUUGGCUCCACUACCCACUUUGGGCUCCCAUGCCUGCCUCUCGCUCCCCUCCGUCAGGGAGGGUUGCUCCUUGGGGUUGUGGUGGUGAAGUUGCUGAGGGGUGUGCAUUGCCCACGCCCCCCCCCCUCGUGGUGUAAGCAGCUUGUUUGCCUCUGCCGGGGGAGAUGUGGGAGUAUGUGAUGAGUCACCUAUCGUGGUCAAUGGCAGCUCAGUCCUCUGUUAGCAGUUUGAAUGGACGUGUCACGCUCACGUGGUGAUCUCUUCCUUGGCUCAGAUAACAUCCCCGAGGACCUCAGGGACCCCUUUUACAUUGACCAGUAUGAGCAGGAGCACAUCAAACCUCCUGUCAUCAAGCUCCUGCUGUCCAGCGAGCUGUACUGCCGUGUGUGCAGCCUCAUCCUGAAGGGGGACCAGGUGGCCGCCUUACAGGGACACCAGUCUGUCAUCCAGGCUCUGUCCCGGAAAGGGAUUUACGUGAUGGAGAGCGACGACACCCCUGUGACGGAUCCCGACCUCAGCCACGCGCCCAUAAAGAUGAGCGCCCACAUGGCGAUGGUGGACGCUCUCAUGAUGGCCUACACCGUGGAGAUGAUCAGCAUCGAGAAGGUGGUGGCCAGCGUCAAGCGCUUCUCCACGUUCAGUGCCUCGAAAGAGCUUCCGUACGACCUUGAGGACGCCAUGGUGUUCUGGGUGAACAAGGUAAAUCUUAAAAUGAGAGAGAUAACAGAGAAAGAAGUUAAGUUAAAACAGCAGUUAUUGGAAAGUCCAGCUCAUCAAAAGUCCCCCUCCAAGUGGUACUGGAAGUUAGUGCCCGUACGCUACCGCCGAGAGCACCCGUCCGCGAGGCAGCCACCCUACUUCCCGGUGUUGGAGGACCUGAUGCGGGAUGGCAGUGACGGGGCCGCACUCUUGGCCGUGGUCCACUACUACUGCCCAGAGCAGAUGAAGCUGGACGAUAUAUGCUUGAAGGAGGUGACAUCGAUGGCUGACAGCCUGUACAACAUCCGGCUUCUGAGAGAGUUCUCAAACGAGUAUCUGAACAAGUGCUUUUAUCUCACCUUAGAAGACAUGCUCUAUGCUCCCUUAGUGUUGAAGCCGAACGUUAUGGUCUUUAUCGCCGAGCUCUUCUGGUGGUUCGAGAACGUUAAGCCAGAUUUCGUUCAGCCCAGGGACGUUCAGGAACUGAAAGAUGCUAAAACAGUGUCACAUCACAAGAGCGGUCGGCCUCCCGUCCCUAUCUCCAACGCCACCAAGCGCAGCUUCCUGGGCAGCCCCGCGGCGGCGAGCCCGGCUGACACGCAGCCCCCCGCACAGCCGCCAGCCGAGGGCAGCCAUAGGCACCGUCUGCACGAUGAGCCCGAGCAUCUGGGGAAAGGGGCCUCUGCCUUUAGCCCGUCACAUCCCUUACUGCCUCUGAGACAGAGACAGCAGAAGGCCGUGCAGGGGGAGGGCCCUCCCGAUCAGAGACACCGGUCCAGUUCUCUCACCCGGGUUGAUGCUCAGCCACGAGGCGCAGCAGUCGCGUGGCCGGAAAAGAAGAACAGGCCUGUAUCUCAGCCGGCACCCUUCGCUCUCCAUCAUGCAUCCAGCUGUGACAUGGACCCCGGCUCCGGCGACAGCGUCAGCCUGGCUCGCUCCAUCAGCAAGGAUAGUUUGGCCUCCAAUAUCAUUAACCUGACUCCGCAGAACCAGCCACAGCCCACGGCGCUAAAGACUGAUGGGAAAAGCCUUCUGAACAAUGUUGAUAUCGAGGACGAGGAUGAAGAGCUUGUGGCUGUCAUUAGGACGGAUGUGGCUCCCCAUGGUGGUGACCGGGGCCUGCCGACAAAUGCCAGGUCUCCCCAGAGACUGGCAGACACCCUGGAAAGUAAGCCUGACAGUUUCUUCUUGGAGCCAUUGAUGCCGGCUGUGCUUAGGCCAGCCAAGGAGAAGCAGGCGAUUGCCAAGGAGGAAGAGUGCGGAGAGGGGCGGCCACGGAGCUUCACGUCCAAGAGGCCCAGUGAGGGUCACCAGCCCCUGGUGCGCAAGAGGGCGCCCAGCAGUCACAGUGGUCGUGACUUGAGUAGGACUUUCACCCCGAUCUCCUGUCCAGAACUUCCCGCGGGCGUGGAUCCCGGGCCCACGGAGCCGGGGCUGCAGGCGGCAGGGGACGCCCGCGGUGGGCUUCCGGCCAGCAGUGGCUUCGAUCUGUUACCUCAGGGACAGUCUGCCGAUUGCUUCUUCCUUCACAUAGCCAGAGCUGAUGAGGACACCGAGGGAAGGCUCUGCGUCAGCUGUGCCAGGAGCCCCGGCGCCCGUGACGCAGAGCCGUGGGCUGUCCUGAGGCAGGACUCGGACUCGGACGUUGCAGACCUGGAGGAAGCCGAGCAGGAUUUCGUGGGCGAGGACCACCCCGUGGUGAUGGCCAGGUAUGUUGGCGAGGAAGAGUCAGCCAAGCUGCAGGAGGACAUGAAGGUGAAGGAGCAUGAGGACAAGGACGACGCCAGCGGCCGCUCGAGCCCGUGUCUGAGCACGGUGUCUCAGGUCAGCAGCGUGUCCAUGGCCAGCGGCAGCGUAAAGAUGACCAGCUUCGCCGAGCGGAAGCUGCAGAGACUCAGCAGCUGCGAGACCAAGUCCAGCACCAGCAGCUCGCAGAAGACCACGCCCGACGCCUCGGAGAGCUGCCCGGCCCCGCUGACGACCUGGAAGCAGAGGCGGGAGCAGAGCCCGAGCCGGCAGAGCAGGGAGCACGCCAGCCUGCUGGCCUCCGAGCUCGUGCAGCUGCACAUGCAGCUGGAGGAGAAGCGCAGGGCCAUCGAGGCGCAGAAGAAGAAGAUGGAGGCCCUCUCGGCCCGGCAGCGACUGAAGCUGGGCAAGGCUGCCUUCCUGCACGUGGUCAAGAAGGGGAAGGCCGACGGCGCCCCCCAGCCGCGGAAGCCGGACCACUUGGCGGGAGACUACGCUCAGCACAACGGGGAGGACUUGGAGGGUGGGGGUUGCAGAACGGAGGAGCUUCUCCUGAAGGAAGAGGGGCGGGAAGGCGUCCUGCCGUCUCCAGACGCAGACGCAGAGGGCCCGGUGCUCCUGCAGCGGCACAGGGCGAAAGCCCCCGCCCUGCACGAGCUGGAGAAGAGCAGAGCGCUUUCCGCCGCCCUGCUGGAGGACGCAGGCGAGGCGGUGGACGUGAGCGAGUGUGACCUGUCCAUCGAGAAGCUGAACGAGACCAUCAGCACGCUGCAGCAGGCCAUCCUGAGGGUCUCGCAGCAGCAGGAGCAGCUGCUCAUGAAACCCCCCGCGGCCCCGGCCCCGGGCAUGAAGCAGAACGCCCAGGACCACAAGGUCAGGGCGGCCAUCCACUUUGUGGAGCCGCUCUCUCCCCCCGGGACGACGGGGCACCGCAGACCUGCUCGCCUCGGGCAGGGUCGGAAUGCCCGCUCGGGGAGACCGGCUGACCUGAAGGUGCCCAAAGACAGACAGCAGGCUUCCUCCCGAAGCAAGACCCCGACGCCCAGUGUGGAGACCCUCCCUCACUUACGGGCCUUCCCCCCUCGGACCCCCUCCGACCCGGGCUGGGACGGUGUUGCGGAGCCUGGAAACGACCCUCGUGACAAGUGCUUGUUCGAGAGCUACAGGCUCCAUGAUGAAAGCAACCAGCGGACAUUUGUCUUGUCCUCUUCCAAAGAUGCAAACAUCCUGUCAGAGCAAAUGAGCCUCAAAGAAGUUCUGGAGAGCAGUGUGAAGGAGGCGGGGCUCGGCUCCCCAGCGAUCUCAGGGAAGGAGAUCGUCCCUGCGGAUGAGCCCCCAAGGAGCAAGGCCAGUCUCAUCGAGGUGGACCUCUCGGACCUGAAGGCCCCUGACGAGGAUGGAGAGACGGAGGGCCCCCAGAGCUCGGUGGAUCUCACCAGCGAAGGCGAUCAGAAGCCGGGGGUCGGCUUCUUCUUCAAGGAUGAGCAGAAGGCGGAGGACGAGCUGGCCAAGAAGCGGGCGGCCUUCCUCCUGAAGCAGCAACGCAAGGCCGAGGAGGCGCGCGUGCGGAAGCAGCAGCUGGAGGCGGAGGUGGAGCUCAAGAGAGACGAGGCCCGGCGGAAGGCCGAGGAGGACCGGAUCCGGAAGGAGGAGGAGAAGGCGCGGCGGGAGCUCAUCAAGCAGGAGUACCUGCGCAGGAAGCAGCAGCGGGUUCUAGAGGAGCAGGGGCUGGGGAAGCCGAAAGCCAAGCCGAAGAAGCCGCGGCCCAAGUCCGUCCAUCGCGAAGAGUCCUGCAGCGACUCAGGCACCAAGUGCUCCUCGGCCCCGGAUCACCUGAGCCGGGCCCAGUCGGGCUCCAGCCUGUCCCUGGCCUCCGCGGCGACCACCGAGCCCGAGAGUGUGCACUCAGGGGGCACGCCUUCCCAGCGAGUUGAGUCACUGGAAGCCUUGCCCACGCUGAGCCGCAACCCCAGCAGGAGUACGGACAGAGACUGGGAAACCGCGUCCGCAGCGUCCUCGCUCGCCUCUGUGGCCGAGUACACAGGUCCCAAGCUCUUUAAGGAGCCCAGUAGCAAAUCAAACAAACCGAUUAUUCACAAUGCUAUUUCUCACUGCUGUCUGGCUGGAAAAGUGAAUGAGCCUCACAAGAAUUCAAUAUUAGAGGAGCUGGAGAAGUGUGACGCCAAUCACUACAUCAUACUGUUCCGGGACGCCGGCUGCCAGUUCAGAGCACUUUACUGCUACUAUCCCGACACGGAGGAAAUCUACAAACUAACGGGCACGGGGCCAAAGAGCAUCACCAAGAAAAUGAUUGACAAGCUGUAUAAAUACAGCUCAGACCGAAAACAGUUUAACCUGAUCCCAGCCAAAACCAUGUCCGUCAGUGUGGACGCGCUCACCAUUCACAACCACUUGUGGCAGCCCAAGCGGCCCGCGGUGCCAAAGAAGACCCAGACUCGUAAAUGACCCCGGCGCCGGCGGGCGAGUCUGAAGGGUGCGCGGACAGGAUCGAUAUUUAUUAUUUUCAUCCGUUUGGGUACGAAGUGUGCAUAGUCACAGACCUUUUCCAGAGAGGCUUCCAGUGAACCACAGAAAACCCUCCCUGGGCUCCUGGCACACACAGGAGGCCGGGCGGAGCGAGGAGGUGGCGGCGGCCCCACGUUGAGUGGCUCAUGUAUGCCGCGGCUGCUGCUGACCACGGAGGGUCAGACGAGGGGUACGCGUGUUGUGCGAGGUCUCCAGGCCGUGGAUCCCUUUACUUGAAGUUCUCCUUCAGUGUGAAUGGAAAGUGAUCUCCUUCGCUUUCUCCCCUCCUACCCCACCCCCUCUUGCACGUGACCUGACACCCCUCGUGCUGGCCGGCUGUAAUCCCGUGAGAUGAUAGGGCUGAGGCUCGGUCUCGGGUCAGGGUGUUUGACUGUCUUUAGGAAAGGAAUUUGAAUUGGGGGGACCUUGUUCACUUGAGAAAUUGUAUGAUAUUUAAUGAUUGUGUCUACUGCCAGUGUUUAUAUCCAGUUCUAAGAUUUCUGAAAAAAAUUCUUGUUCUUUGCUGCUCAGAAAACGUUUACUGAAAAUAUGAGUUCACUAAAAGCACUGAAAAUCUGCAAAGUCUGUCUUCUGCUAAGAUGACGUUUACAGACGUGGAGAUGCUCCUUGCCGGCUCGCGAUCAUGAGAGUGGCUAACGGUACUGUCAGCCGGCGUCUGCCUGACUGGAAAUAGGCAAACUGAGCAAACCACAGCCAUCGCUCGUGAAGUUUUGGAUAGUCCUCUAAUGAUUUGUUCACUUUAAUAAAGACAGAUUUUGGUAAAGUAGAAUAUUUCUCACUCUGAGCAUGUUUCUCUGGAGAGCUGAUGCACUUAAGCUGACGGGUUUUUAGUGGCUUUAUGACCUCCUGACUUGUCCGCUGAUUCUUGCUCUGAAGAGCAGCAGUCCCCACGAGCGUGCGGCACUCUGUUCAGAUCGAUCUUGUUCCGUUGCGUAAUUAGAAACAAUGCAGGUGGUCAUCCGCAGUUAUUUUGGGACUCCAAGUGAGCAAAACGGCUUUGGACUCUCCCCAUGUUGGUCCAGAUGGUCGUUGACGCGUCUCCUGACCAGAUGCUCCCAGGAGACAGGUGCGCCCAGCCCCGCCUGGCCUCCACGGGGCUGCGGUCCUGCGGACGCUGUGUGACUGACCAGCUGCUCUGAGCCUUGAUUUGAGCCGACUGCCGGAAGAUUCUGGGGUCACUUGUGUUAGUUUUGCACAUGUUUUCUUGGGAGUAUUCCUUGAAUCUAUCUCGAACUGCAGGAAACAUAAAGAUCCAUAGAGAAAGCCGGAAAACAUCACUGCUCCCUAACUGCAGGUAGAUAAAGGUAAGUGACGUCUGUACCCGAGGACGGAGGGAACAGGCUACGAGACACGGGAAGGACUGUAGGCCCUCCUUCCUCUUCGCCCAUCUCCACGCUCCGUGCCCCGAGGACACACAAGUUUGCAAGUCCUGCGUUAGCAGUUCCAUUCUGUAAGUAGUGGGGCCGCGUGGUUCUGGAAGCGGAGCGCUAAAGGGUGCUGAGUGGACUUUCUCGUCCCCGUGCUUUUCACUUGUGUGCUUUAUUUCUCACUGUAUGUUUGAUAUUCUAUUAUAUUUAUUUUAAGAAAUCACUAAAAUGUAAUAAACUCAUGAACGAA